AUGACUGGCGGUGCGAUGGACCCGCUGCCCGCGGUGGCAGUCCCCGCGGCAGUUGAGGCGGAAGCAGACGAGGAGGCGGAUGCCCCAGCGGCAGACUUGCCGACGCCGCAGGCCUGUGAGGGGAGGGACCUGGACCCCGGUCGGAUGCAGAUGCCGCAGGGGAACCCACUGCUGCUGCCACACACCCUGCAGGAGCUGCUGGCCCGGGACACCGUGCAGGUGGAGCUCAUCCCCGAGAAGAAGGGCCUCUUCCUCAAGCAUGUGGAGUACGAGGUGUCCAGCCAGCGCUUCAAGUCCUCCGUGUACAGACGGUACAACGACUUCGUGGUCUUCCACGAGCUGCUGCUCCAGAAGUUCCCGUACCGCAUGGUGCCUGCCCUGCCGCCCAAGAGGAUGCUGGGAGCGGACAGGGAGUUCAUCGAAGCCCGGAGGAGGGCGCUGAAGCGCUUCAUCAACCUGGUGGCCCGGCACCCCCCCUUCUCGGAGGACGUGGUCCUCAAGCUGUUCCUGUCCUUCAGCGGCCCCGACGUGCAGGGCCGGCUGAAGGAGGCGGCGCAGUGCGCAGGGGACGAGUUCCUGAACUGCAGGCUGGCUCCUCGGGCCAAGGACUUCCUCCCGGCGGACAUCCAGGCCCAGUUUGCCGUUAGCCGGGAGCUGAUCCGGAACAUCUACAACAGCUUCUACAAGCUUCGCGACCGGGCCGAGCGCAUCGCGUCCAGGGCCAUCGACAACGCCGCAGACCUGCUCACGUUCGGGAGGGAGCUGAGCGCUUUAGGGUCCGACACGACCCCGCUCCCCUCCUGGGCCUCUCUGCACAGCGGCACGUGGGGGUCCCUCAAGCAGGCGCUGAAGGGCCUGUCCGUGGAGUUCGCCGUGCUCGCCGACAAGGCCGCGCAGCAGGGCAGGCAGGAGGAGAGUGACGUGGUGGAGAAGCUGAACCUCUUCUUGGACUUGCUCCAGUCCUACAGAGACCUGUGUGAGCGGCAUGAGAAGGGCGUGCUGCACAAGCACCAGCGGGCCCUGCACAAGUACAGCCUGAUGAAAAGGCAAAUGAGCGCCGCUGCGCACGGCCGCGAGCCCGAGUCCGUGGAGCGGCUGGAGUCACGCAUCAUGGAGCAGGAGAACACCAUUCAGACGAUGGAGCUGCGGAACCACUUCUCCCUGUACUGCCUCCACCAGGAGACGCAGCUGGUGCACGCCUACCUGCCCCUCACCUCCCACAUCCUCGGGGCCUUCGUCAACUCCCAGGUCCAAGGGCACAAGGAGAUGAGCAAGGUGUGGAACGACCUGAAGCCCAAGCUGCACUGCCUCUUCACGGGACCCAACAGCACCCUGACCCCGCCGAGGUCCCCGAGGGAUGGCCUGUCUCCUCACUAGCGCCCAGCGGACCCGGUCCCCACUAAAACCUCUUUCCAAAUGGCGUGUCCCUGUCUA